AUGCCCAGCAGAAAGAACACCUACCUUGCCUUAGUCCGUGCAAAACUUGACUACGGAAGCGUCGUCUGGUAUCCCUACCUAAAAUGUGACAUUGACCGCCUAGAACGCAUACAACGCAUAGGGGCUCGAUUCAUCACAGGCGACUACAAAUCAAGACAAGAAGGCUGCGUCUCCCAAAUGCUGCAAAACCUUCAAUUGCGGAGCCUCCAGGAGAGACGCAGACACCUGAGGUUGAUCUUUCUGUACAAGGUGGUGGAAGGGCACGUACCAGCCAUUGACAUUGACCAAUUUCUUAAAACUCAAAGACCUAAAAGAACUAUAAGGGCUAAAAAAUUUGAAGACUACAUCAAUACAAACAUUGUUGAGAACUCAGCUGUGGCACAAAGACACCAACUUCUUUCAAAAUGUUUGAUCCCAGUGCCACACCAUUUAGAUGCUGUAGAAUCCUGCCCACAUAGAGGAAACCUGCCUGAUGUUAAAUACAGAUUUCCUUGGAAAAGAGCAAAAGUUGAUGAGACAUUUCUUGAAAAAGAAAUCACACAAAUUCAGAAGGAUAUCAGUCUUUCAGACCAAGAGAAAUCAAAGGAUGUUUUGAAAGUUGAAUACUUUGAAAGUCCAUGCAUUACAAAUGGAUCCAGCUUUUGUGAGGCUGUUAACUUUGACCUCAACUGCGAUGUGGUCUGUAGCUCCAAUCCAUCUUCCCUCGAGGAGUGUUUUUCUCCUGAUGAGUUUUUCUCCGAGCCGCAAUUAUUCACCGAAAUAUUUUUCAAGGAAAACAUUGAAACAUUACGUCCUGAUUGUGAAGUGCUGAUGUUGGAAGAAACUAUCCGUGAAGAUGCUUUUCUGCCAGAGGGCUUAAAACGCAUUCCAACUUUGGCACAUCUUGUAUCUAGAUUCACACCUGAACAUGUUGAAGACCCACUUUUAUUAGCCAGUGGUGCCAAGAUAUUGACACAACAUGACAAAAUACUCGAUGGGGAGGACAGUGUGGUGGAUAAGUCUAUGCUCAUAGAAAAAAUCAACAGCAGUUUGUUUCAUGACGACUGGUCUGUUGAUAAAAAGCAACCAGAUAGAUUGCAAGACCUAGAAAAAGAGAGCCUGGAAGACGUGAUUGUUGUCGAUGAAUGUUUUCAUGCUCAAAAAGAAAAGCCCUGUCAGAGUCAGCUAUUAGAUUAUCUUGUAUCACCUCAGGAUAUACUAAAAAUUCCAUUUGAUCAGGAUGUAAAGGAUGUUAUUGGCCGCACAUUUAGACUUCCAGCAACAAAGACCAUUGGCGAACUUGAAUCUCUAGACUGGAAGAGUGACCACGUUCAAAUGAUUGAUUUUGUGGGCAUUAAUGAAAUAAUUGUAACAGCUCUAGACAAAUUUUGUGAGGUAGCAUACAUCGCUGUGCCUGAGGAGGAAGUCCCAGAGCUAAAGCGCCGGGCACUCAGCCUACCUGAUCAGAAACCUUUCGUUGAUAUGGCUUGCAAGAGCUUUAAGAAUUUGCUCCUAACUGAAGAGGAGAGGAGUAGACUCGAGAAAAUUGUAUGGCUAGAAGAGAAAUAUUUUGAUGAUGUGCAGGCUUCAAGACUUCCUGAACCAGAAGCGGCGGAUGCAUGUCUGCCUGUCCCUCAGAACAUGGUUAUACUGGCUUCGAAAACACUUGGAAUUUCUGAAGAAGGCUCACUUGGAAAGCUUGACCUGGCUUUGUCAUGGGAAGUCGUUCCUUGUUCUGCAACACCAGAAAACCCUUGCAAAAGGCUGGUUGACCUAGCAAUCGAUUCGACAAACUUUGAGGUUCAUGUGGCAGAAGUGGAACCUAUUCAGGCGUAUGACAGGGAGUUUAUGUUUGAUUGGGAAGAUAAGUUGAUUGAAGGUGAAGACGAGAAAAAAGUGAGGAAAUCUGUAGUCAAUGGAACAGGCUUGGAAGGUGGCCCAUUUGAGGAGGACGGUUCUAAGCAAGUCAACGUGUUAAAGACAAUGGGAAAAGGCCGUGACUCGCAAAAACGUGGUUUUGACGCAUUGGAAAGUUUUUUAGCAUUGCGCUCAAAAUCUGUUGGAUUUCCUAGCUUUAUGGAAAGUACCCGAGAACCAGUCAAAUCAAAAGAAAACGGUAUUUCCGCUGCUUUAGCGGAGAUAAGUGGAAUUGACAGGUUCAGUGAUACAAGAGCGGUCGUCAGCAAGAAGGCAGAAACUGCAAGAAAGGUCAAACACCAUACGGUGAAAAUUCCUCUCAGUAAGAACAACGACGCCAUUUUUCAAAAUUUGCUGUGUUUACAUGGACGUGUUGGCGCAGCAGACAUUGCAGUUAACUUUUGCAUUGAAUCGGCGAUAACGUAUUUAAAUGCCUUGCAAGAAAAAUACACGUUUAUCAGUGGAUCAUUUGAUACAAUUCGAGAGCGACUGUUUGAAAUAAAGGCUGGAUUCAUUCAAGAUCAUACGCAACAUCCCAAACUCUCUGCACUUUGUAAAGAAAUUGAUACCUGGUUGAAGAAAAAGAGAGCGAAGUCAAAAGACCAAGAGCAAAAGAUUCUUGUCCUUGUGAAACGGGAUAUGCCAAACCUGCUGGUCACGUUGAGGGACAUGCUAAGCCUAGGAAAGAUGUUGUCACCUGUUGUUUUACAGACUACGAUGUCAGAGGACAUUAUUGAACUAUUGGACCAACACAACAUUCUCAUUGCACAGCAGAACUUCAUUACGGAGCAUUUCCCUUGGGCGCAGUUUUGUCUGGUUGUGGAGUAUGAAAGAGAUGAGAAUACACAAUGGCAGCAGUUAUGUGAAAGGCAAAGCAUUCGACACAUCGAUAUGCAAGUCGAUUUCAUUGACGACCAAUCUGCAUCCGGUAAUUUAUCAUUUCAUCACUGGACUAUGAAAUACCCUGAGAAACAAAUCACACUCAUUGCGUGUAGCAAAGUAAUUGAAAACACGACUUUGUUGCAUUUGUUGGAGACACGCUACAACAUACUGCUAGUCGAAAGAGACUACCGUAUCAUUCCUGGUGCCAGCCAUUUACAUUUUUCUGACUUGGACAUUGAUGAAAACACAUGUGUGGUGUUCGAAAACAUUAAUACAAUGGGAGACGAUAGCAUUGUUCAAAAUCUUGUCACACGAAUUGCCUGCCUUUCAUUGAAAUAUACAACUUGUUGGUUGGUUACUUUUCCAGACGAAAAGACCAAGAGUUAUGAAUAUCCUGGACACGUGAUUAGCAACUUCGCCCGUCUGCAUGCUGCGCUGUCAAAUCUUGUUCAGAAACAUAGUUUGACAUGUAAAAUAAUACAAUGUGACAACAUCAAUGAUGUCGCAGGGGUUGUAAGGCAUGUGUGUGAAACGUGCAUGACGACUGACGAGAACAGAAUUUCACAAUGGUUGGACAGACGGUGGAUAUCACAACAUACGUCGCAGACCGAGAAGUUUAUGCUGACAGUACCAUCCUUCAAUUCAAUGAGUGCCCAGUCGCUUAUGAGGAGUAUCCCGAUAAAUGGUUUGUUCUCCGCUUCAACUGAAACUAUCAAACAUCACGCGAAAUGGAUAUCUGACAAAGUCCUUCAGACAUUCUUCUCUGUAAUGGAAAACACAACUGGUGUGCAUCUUGGAGAAGAAACACUAAAAAACGACAUCGAAACUGUAUCGACUAAACUAUGCCCCGUAAACGCUACAAUUGAUGUAAACGGUUAUACGGAACGAGUGAAUGAAAUUCGAACCCCAACAUCAGAAGAAGCAAGCCAAGAUACAGACCAAACAACGGUGGACACGGCGCCUUUGAUGCCCACAGAGUGCAUGAUAAACGAUCGUCAGUCCAAAAUAACGAUCGAAUACCAUCAUGGUCAAGUCUUUGAUUACAACCAUGGUCUUAGUCGCCCUUCAGUAGCCACGCCAAUUAUAGAGCAAAAAGUGUUUAACCAGAGUAACAAACAUUACAGGGCUGAUUACUCACAGAACCUACGUAAAGUUGAAGAAGAGUUUCCAACUGCAGAAGAGAUUGACAAAUCUAUUGCUCAAGACAAUGACUGUCAAGCACAACAAAAGGGUAUGUUAAAUGGUCCCUUCUCUGAUCAGUCAUAUGACAUUCCUUCUCGUUGGCUUCAACCAGUCAAAGAACUCGAUGAAAGAGAUGACAUGGCGAAUGAAUAUGACGUCCAUGAUAAUGAACGCGAAUAUCUUAUGGAUCACGACACACGCUCAGUUUACUUUCAGCAGGGAUCAGAGAAUAGAACAACAGAAAAUCCCAAGGCAUUUGAUAUGGCCAGUUACACCAGUGAUAACAUUGUAAACUUUAAUACUAAUUUAUUGAUUGACCGCAAAAGAAGAAUGAAUGCUAAAGUUCACCAAGAAGUUAAAUUUGAGUUUAAUCCACAGAUUCAUGAUGAAACUCCAGAUAGUGUAACAAAUGAGAAUUCUUACCCUAAAGCACAGUAUGUUGGAAAACCAAACAAUCAUUUGUUCGAAAAGAAAAUUGAACAAAACGCUUGUGGUCAGGAUAAGUCAGAUGAACUGUAUGUCAAUCCUACAUUAGAUAGAAUAACACUGAAACACGAAUACUCUGGACAACAACCAAGUAACAACAAGCCCGGUACUAUAUCAUUUGAAGACGAACUAAGAGAAACCACACGAAAAUUGAUCGAAAACUCGCAACAGUUUUCACAGUUUGUUCCCCGUUCAUUCCGAUUUCCGUUCCAAAAGGUCAAUAUUGGAUUGGCACAACCUUUGCAGCGACCAAAACAGACCGAGUCAAAUGUCGAGAAUGGUCGGUCUGGAGGAGUGUCGGCAUUAGCGAAUGCGGAGAGGCUUCGAAUGGUUCAGUCUCCAUGGGCAACCGAAAACUCGCCUCCCAUGGACUUGGAUUAUGACAACCAACAAACGCUCAGUGCUCUAUACCCAGAAAUAUACAAUCCAGGAGGUACUAUGAACGAUAGGUGUCCUACCGCUGAGUCUAAUCCCCAGAAGAGGCGAAGACUUGCGUUUCAGAAGAUACCGGGCUGUAAAGGACAAACGAAAUUGAUUUUUAGAUAAAAUGAUAUUCGAUGAUUUAAAGACAGUUAUUUAUUUGAUAAACUAUUUGGUGUAGAAAGAACA